UGGUACAUGUUGGUAGGGAGGAAGAGGGCUGUGUGACUUCAAAGUGUAGGUUAAACUGGAAAGUGGGAACUGUUUAUUGUAAAGCAAAAGGGACACAGGGAGGCCUGCUCUAGUCUCCCAAGAGCUGUUGUUUCUGCAUCCUCUGUGACGUUUUGUUGGAGUCAAUUCUGACUACGCCGUCCUCCCUGCUCUAUACCACUAGCUCCCAGUCCAAGACACCCAGGCCCCCAGGCCCAUCCUUAGAAAGUAGGUUCCUAAGGUCCAGAGGGGCCUAUGCCUGGUGCAUAGACCACCAACAACCACUGACUAUCUAGGGGAAACCAUACUAUUCCCUUUUGGCCCCGUGCAAACUUGCCACUGCCCGAGAGAGGUGGUUGGAACUAGCUGAUCUAGAGAUUCUCAUCAACUCCCUCUUCUCCGACCUCCUGCCUCCCACAGGGACCCUUCUGGAUUCUCAUUUCCCUGUCCCAAAGGUGCAUGAGGAGGGGCUGAUAUUCUAGUCUUAGAGACCAGGACAGCCUAGAACCCAGCCUAGCCUGGGUCUGAAGCCUGGGUCUGAAGCCUGCAUCUGGAGACCAUUUGCCAGGCUCUUUUCUGGCUUUGUGUUCUUUCCUGUUGCUGGGGCCUUUUGGGCUUUGGGGACCCGGGACCAGGCCCUGGCCCAGUAGGAUGCCCCCGUGUCCUCCCCAGCAGAGCAGGAACAGGGUGACACAGUUACCCGCUCUGGAGCUGGGUGAGAUGGAGUUGACUUGGCAAGAGAUCAUGUCCAUCACUGAACUGCAGGGCCUAAACGCUCCAAGUGAGCCAUCAUUUGAGGCCCCAGCCCCAGCCCCAUAUCCUGGGCCCCCGCCACCCCCAACUUACUGCCCCUGCUCAAUUCACCCAGAUGCUGGCUUCGCCCUUCCUCCACCACCUUAUGAGCUUCCAGCACCCACAUCUCAGGUCCCAGAGCCUUCAUACUCCUAUGGCAACAUGGCCAUCCCAGUCUCCAAGCCACUGACCCUCUCGGGCCUGCUCAGUGAGCCCCUCCCAGACCCUUUGGCUCUCCUGGACAUUGGGCUGCCAGCGGGGCCCCCCAAGCCCCAAGAAGACCCAGAAUCCGACUCAGGAUUAUCUCUCAACUAUAGUGACGCUGAAUCUCUUGAGCUGGAGGGGACAGAGGCUGGUCGGCGGCGCAGCGAGUACGUAGAGAUGUACCCAGUGGAGUACCCCUAUUCACUUAUGCCCAACUCUUUGGCCCACCCUAACUAUGCCUUGCCACCUGCGGAGAACCCCUUAGCCUUAGAACCCUCUUCAGGCCCGGUGCGAGCCAAGUCCACUGCACGGGGGGAGGCGGGGAGUCGGGAUGAGCGUCGGGCCCUGGCCAUGAAGAUUCCCUUCCCAACGGACAAGAUUGUCAACUUGCCGGUAGAUGACUUUAACGAGCUGUUGGCACGGUACCCACUGACGGAGAGCCAGCUGGCCUUAGUCCGGGACAUCCGACGGCGGGGCAAAAACAAGGUGGCCGCCCAGAACUGUCGCAAGAGAAAGUUGGAGACCAUUGUGCAGUUGGAGCGGGAACUGGAGCGGCUGGGCAGUGAGCGGGAACGGCUUCUCCGGGCCAGAGGGGAGGCUGACAGGACCCUGGAGGUCAUGCGCCAACAGCUGACGGAGCUGUACUGUGACAUUUUCCAGCACCUGCGGGAUGAAGCGGGCAACAGCUACUCCCCUGAAGAGUAUGCUCUCCAACAGGCUGCUGAUGGGGCCAUCUUCCUGGUGCCCCGGGGGACCAAGAUGGAGGCCACAGACUAAGCUGGCCCAGAGGGGUGGGACUGGUGAUGGAGAUUUCCUUUAUUCCCUUCUGAUAAACGUACUCCCCAGAAGAAGCUGGGUUCUCUAGACCAGAAGGGGACAAUGGGAAACCUGGCAUUUGGAGGACCCAAGGUAUAUUCAGUAAGGCUUGCCUUGAGACAAGUGUAUGAGGGAAGGUUGGAAUCUCUUUUCCAUGAUUCAGCUUCCUAGGUCUCCAACCUCCACCUCUUGUUUGAGCUUUGGUAUAUAAAGCGCUCUACACAAAUAGCCUUCCACUGUGUCUUCCUUCUCAAGAGAGGGUGAUGAAGCUCAGUACUCAGAGUUUAGUGCUUGUUAGCGGUGGGAAGAGAAUCCUGCCAAGCUCGUUUCUUUCCCCUACAACUUUGUAUGAGAGAUACACAAGAAAUUUGGGCUUGAGCAGUGUGAUUUACCACCUUUAUUUCCUUUUUCAGAGCCAGAGAUCAUGGGUGAUCUGAGAAAUCCCACCCUCCCUGGUGGCCCACUAUUUACAGAGCAGGGAUUGCUGCCAGCAUUGGGUACCCCUCUGUGCAAGGUCCCUGAGGUUUAGAUCUCUCCUUUCUCAGUCUUUGGAACACAGAAAAGUCUAGAAUGCCCCCAGGCCUUUUUUCUGUUCUCUCCCUCCUGCCUACUACUAUAGGAUGUCCUCAUCCUGAUGUGCCAGAGCUCUCUCAGAAGACAGAGAUGCUCUUGAUUGGAGAGAAUUUGACUGGGCAUCAGUUUUGAGGGACUUCAUACCCAAGUCUGGGCAAAACCUGCUCUCCUGUGGAGUAGGUUAUGCCUUUUGGUGAA